UUUGACCUGCGCGAUCAACGGCUUUACAACGCUUCAUUAUUACAGGCUUCAGACAGAGAUGUGAUCUGAUCAAACCUGGGUAAAACGCUGUAUAAGAAACCUGAAGUCUUGGAUAUUACCUGCUCCUGAAAGCAUUUAAUUUUUUGGUCUGAAUCCCUGCCGAUUGCGAAAGUAAUCGCCACAUUUUAGGCGCCUUUUUUACCCCACAACACAUGAUUGAUCUUUGUAACUGAGUGUUAAAACAUCGCAGGUAGACGCGACCAGACAUCAUGAAGAGCACGUAAUAAGUGCGUCAAGUCUUCCACAGCUAUGGCCGUUGUACAUGUGUUUCUUGUGUUCAUCGUGCAGUUAUUAACCUCAGUAUCAGCAAUAGAAUGCCCAACAGAUUGGGAAACUUACCAAACAUCAUGUUACAAGUUUGUCUGGUACCCAGGCAAAGACUUCCCCGAUGCUGAACUAGCUUGUGCUUCGAUGGCAUCAGCCCUGGUAAGCAUAGAUGAUCUGGCCGAACACCAGUUUGUGGCCGGAGUACUUGAGAAGUCUGAUAAACAACGAUAUUCCUGGUUUACGAGCGGGAUUGUUCUGACAAAGACCCUGGAUGAAGUAGCACAGUCCGUGGGCACGGACAGACUGGUAUGGGAGGGAGACGGCACCGACUUUGACCCCAGUAUAACUCAUCUGUGGCAGCCCAGGGACAAACUGGAGACUGAGCUUCCAGGAAGGGUGGUCGUCUAUAAAUACACGAAUGUUCCUACACCGGGUUAUGUGUUUGGCCGCUCCCGGGCAAGUGUCAAAAGGCCGUAUAUUUGUGAGAUUCCAUUAGCAGAGGUGUACAGAAUCUAUGAACAACGUCGGGAUUAUGAAUAUGGCCUCGACGUGGACGACCUGAACGACAUUCCCAGAGGGCCUAACAUAACAGAACAGCCCCAAGACUUGAUCAUCUUAAGUAGCUCAGACAGCGUCCAUGUGGACUGCGCCGCCUCCGGGAACCCCAUGCCGACGUACCGUUGGUUCCGGCUUAAUGGAACGGAGCGCACGGAGGUUACGUCAGCCACCAACAAACGCUACGUUCUGACCGCUGGCAGGUUGACGAUCCGUUACCCCAACGAUGAGAACGACACGGGGACAUUCCAAUGUCAGGCGAAGAACGAGCGUGGGACUGUGCUGUCCAACCCGAUCAGGAUCAUAUUCGGCGAGCUACGACAGUUUUCCAAUGUUCAGCGCGAGGUCGUGAAUGUUCAUGCGUACAAAGGCGCAGUUAUCGAGUGUUCACCCCCAUUUCAUAAGCCAGGUGUGUCUUACCAGUGGUUUAAAGACACUGCGGAAAAUUUCGUACGACCAGAACAUCAGAAGUAUAUCUUUAUUUCGGACAACGGCAAGCUGUACUUCUCAGAAGUGACAAAAGUAGACGAGGGUAAUUACCACUGCGUCGUGACCUUGGGCGGACCUUACGACCGUCACAAAACGAUCAACUUUGAGGGCAAGAUGCAGUCUCCUAGCAGAACCAGUUUGCCUAUACCCCUGUUUGUACUGGACUCAGGUCAGACGACUUGGGGUCCGCAGAUCCAGGAUGACUUUGUCCAGAUAUUACCACAAACGCCAUUGAGAGGUCAGAACGUAAGGCUGGAAUGUUUCGCUUAUGGAUCGGCUCCAAUCUAUUACUCAUGGUCCAGAGACAAUGACACGAUUCCUGCAAAAACCAAGUACUUGGACAGUGGUCGCGUGCUCAUGAUUCCCGACGUGCAGUUCGAGGACGCCGGAAAUUACCGAUGCACUGCGCGGAGGACACUGUCAGCUGUUGACCAGCGGGUAGCGCAUCUCAAGAUAGUCGCCAAACCUUACUUCGACUACCCUUUAAAGAACCAACAUCUAGACAUCGGAGGAGAGCUUACAUGGCGCUGUGCCGCCCGAGCCAUCCCGGCCGCCACUUACACUUGGUACAAAAAUGGCGUCCCUAUGGUUAGUCCCCGGGUAGUGGAGGUCAACAGAUUCAUACUGAAAAUCCCGCAGCUAGACCCAGCCAGAGAUAACGGGACGUAUCAGUGCUCAGCCACAAACAUUUAUGGCACUACGUACACGUCUGCAGAAAUCCGAGUGUUAUCCUUCCAACCAUCUUUUUCCAAGAGUCCGAUGGCAGCCACGAUGAUGGCUGCUGCUGGUGGUAACGCGACUUUAGCCUGCCAACCGGAAGCUGCUCCUUUCCCACAAUUCUCUUGGGCUAAGAAUGGUGCCGACAUUGGCGUGACAACAACACCAACAGAACGAGUCCGGCUGCUAGGAAAUGGAAACUUGUUUAUAUCACCGGUUGAGCAGGCAGACGCCGGCACAUACAAGUGUACGGCCACAAAUGACCUGGGAUCCGACUCCUCCGAGGGAUAUCUCGGCAUUUCAGAGGGCAUAGUAAUUAACACGCCACCCCAGCCCAGAAUUGUCCGUCUGAAUGACACAGAGUUCCUGCCCUGUGUUGCCUCCUACCCUCCAGGAACAGACAUGGUCUACAUCUGGAUGUUUAACGGCAAGCUCUUGGACGUUGACCAUGACCCAUACUUCGGCAGGGGUGCUUUUGACAACUCUGGUGGCAUUUACAUUCGCAAUGCUCAAUUUGAGCACGAUGGAAUUUUCAGAUGUGUCGCACGUACAGUAUAUGACGAAGCCUCUGCAGAAGCGAGAAUUACAGUCACAGGUCCCCCAGGUCCGCCUGCUGGCGUGUUCGCCCAGAGUGGCACUAUCACCGCCACUUCCAUGGAGAUCCGCUGGACUGUGGGUGACGAAAACGGGGAGCCUAUCCUCUCCUAUAUCAUAGAGCUCUUCCCCUUCUACCAUCAGGUCUGGAGGACCGCUGCUUACGGUGUUGAAGACGGACUGACAACGGUAGAAGAAGAAGACAAGCAUGCAUACACGGUGGAAAAUCUGAAACCGGGAAACAGAUACCGCUUCCGAAUCCGAGCUGUGAACGAUUUUGGAGUGGGCGAAGCAAGCAAGCCGUCCUUGUCUUAUACCACUCUAAAGGCGCCUCCGACCGCCAUACCGUCUGGUCUGGGCGGUGGUGGGGGAAGUGUUGGCCUCUUGACAAUGAUAUGGACGCCUUUGAACGCGGAAGAUCUGAACGGAGAGGGUAUAGGUUACAAUGUGUAUUGGAGGAAGAACGGAACCCAGGAGACAGACUGGACAAAGAACGUUGAACUUGGGAACGCUAACAAGUCUAUCGCCACCGUUGGGACUGCGAACUUUUACUUACCAUACCAAGUGAAGAUACAAGCUUUUAACAGCUUGGGAGCGGGCCCCAAUUCCUCCACGGUAGUUGUUUACUCUGCCGAGGGUCUGCCCGUUGGGGUGGUGCAAAAUAUUGGAGUAGAGGGCUACAACGAGACCACAAUGCUGGUGACAUGGGACAUACCUGAUAUUUUGUCCGACAGAGUGUCCGCUAAAGGGGUCAUACGAGGAUUCCAGGUGAACUGCUGGCCUGGAAGUCGAUGGCAGCCGGGAAGCCGGACUAUCCCAGUGGGCUGGAGACGGCGGGCGUACGCGGGGCCUGGGGAGACCCAAGCCCUGGUAGUGGGGGUGAUCACGGGCGUGUACCACUUCUGUGAUGUCCAGGUGGUUAACUCAGCAGGGCUGGGGCCUGAGAGCGAGAGUCAGACCUACUCCUCUAAUGAUCUGGCCCCGACGAGAUACCCGACCGAGGUGGAAUUGUUUUCUAAUGGUUGGGGCUCGAUCAAGGUUACGUACAGAGGAGUAACCACGUCGGAGAAGUUCGUUGGGGAAGAACCACUGGACGGGUACCGGGUGCGUAUAUGGAAGGCGGGCGAUGACAUUCGGACGGCCACAUACACCGAAUGUGGCCGGAAAUCGUACUGUAUUGUGGAUGAGCUAUAUCCGAACAUACUGUAUAACCUGAGAGUGUACGCUUACAGCAGCGGCGGCGACGGCAAAAUGAGCCCCACCAUGACGUUCUCCAUGGGCGGACAGACCUAUAUUACGAACCUGAACCGGUAUGAGCUGCUGGCUAAAGCGUCGAUGUCAGCUCCAGGCGCACUGCUCGUCUUCCUCAGUUGUCUGCUCUGCACUCUGAUGGUCUGAUCGUUUACCACACUGUAUCAUCGAGCUAUUAUGUCCGGAGGAUACUUCACUCACACAGUCAAUUCUUUUUAAUCUACUAUAUUAAUGCAAAUGUUCUUGUGUUUUCACGGUUAAUGUUUCAUUCUUUCAUAAUCUUAUUGACGGAUUAUUUUUCAGGUUCAUUUCAUACAUUUAUUAUGUUAGACACGAUUCAUCUUUACGCUUAUAUAUUCGAGAAGAUCCAAGACUCAUCAGUUUCAUCACCAAUAAACCAAUAAAAUCACUCAGCGGUGUACAUAAUGAAUUUUUC